AUAAAGUUACAGCUGGAAGUUAUUGUUGCAGCAGAAAUAAAAGUAUUUCUAUUGGGGUUCAGUCAAACAUCAUUUUGUCCAAAUACUGAAUUGCAUUUUUCAUUUCUUUCAACUGUUUCAAGGAGCUAGGCCUAGUACUCAAAAUCUUUUUUGGAACAGGGUCUGGCCAUGUAGUUCCGGAUGCUUUUCAACUCAUUGUGUAUCCCAGAUUGGCCUCCAAUUUACAUCGAUCACCUUGCCUCAGCCUCCCUCCACUGGGAUUGCAGAUCAAGUGUAGCAAUGGCUGCUGUUUAUUCUGGUAUUUCCCUUAAACUUAAAAGCAAGACAACUUCCUGGGAAGAUAAAUUAAAACUAGCUCACUUUGCUUGGAUUUCCCACCAGUGCUUUCUUCCAAAUAAAGAACAAGUUUUACUUGAUUGGGCAAGACAAUCACUGGUUGCAUUUUAUAAGAAAAAGCUUGAACUGAAGGAAGAUAUUGUUGAAAGGCUUUGGAUCUAUGUAGACAGCAUUCUACAUAGCAGGAAAUUGCAGAAUCUCCUCAAGAAUGGAAAGACAAUUAACCUUCAGAUUUCUCUUGUCAAGAUGAUAAAUGAGAGAAUAUCUGAAUUCUCUCUCUCUGGAUCUGAAAGGAACAUGUAUGCUGUCCUGAAUUGCUGUCAGGGCAUCCUCUCAACACCUGCUCUUGUUGUCAUCUACAUGGCCAAACAGGAGCUGCUGGUGGCUUUGCUGAAUCACCUUUGCUGGUCAGCCUGCAGGCAGCCAGAAAGUGCAAUGACAGCUCAGCUCUUUGAGGUUAUUCACCUGGCCCUUAGCCAUUAUCUCUCUAUCCAGCAACAGCAAGCCAACCCGCGGCGUGUCUUUGUGGAUGUGACUGGGCACCUGCUGCAGCCUUGCCUGGUCCUGAGGCACUUGCUCUCUGGGGGCACAUGGACACAGGGCCAGCUGCGGCAAGCACUAAGCCGGGAGGUCAGGAGUCAGAUUGAGGCCAUGCUUCGAGGUGGAGUUUUUCGGCCAGAUCUGCUUUCAUCCUAUAAAGAAGAGCUCUUGGACCAGCAGCAAAGUGACUCAAAGAUGGGAACCAUGAAGAGUCUUCUUACUCCUCUGGACACUGUGAUUACCAGACUGCUAGGAGCUGAUUUCUGCGAGCCAUGCCUUCAUGCUUCUGUAGUGGCCAGCUCAGUGGCCCUGCUGUAUAAACUCUUCUUGGAUUCUUACCUCAAGGAAGGAAACCAGUUUCUCUGUUUCCAGGCUCUCCCUAGGCUGUUUGGCUGUCUGCGAAUUUUACACCUGCAAGAGGAGCAGCUGAAAGCCCUGUCCACAUCAGAUUGGACCACAGAGCUCCUGGUUGUGGAGCAGCUGCUAAACUUAGUGGCUAGCAACAAUAUCUACAAUGUGGCUGCUGACAGGAUCCGGCAUGAAGGGGCACAGUUCCACUUCUACAAGCGAUUGGCUGAGCUGCUGAUAAACCACUCACAGGCACUUGUGCCAGCCUGGUUCCGCUGCCUUAAGAUUUUGAUGUCUCUAAAUCAUUUGAUUCUGGAGCCAGACCUGGAUGACCUAUUGUCUUCAGCUUGGAUUGAUGCAGAAGUAACAGAGUUUCGAACCAAGAAAGCCCAGGAAGUGCUUAUUGACACCCUCUUUCAGACGUAUGCCAAACUCCGACAGGUACCACGGUUGUUUGAGGAAGUUUUGGGAGUGAUCUGCCGUCCCGCUGCUGAGACACUGAGGCAGCCUGUGCUGACUUCGGGCCCCUCAACAGUGCUCUAUGCCUGCCUCCUGGAGCUGCCACCAAAUCAGAUCCUGGACACAUGGUCCCUUGUGCUGGAGAAGUUCCAGUCUGUAGUCCUGCCCUGCUUAGAGGGUGAUGUUGACAUGGCCCUCAAGUCUCGCUCCCUGAGCUCACUACUGCACUGUAUCAUGUUCAACAUGCGGAGUCUAGACAGCAAUACGCCCCUGCCCAUCAUCAGGCGGACGCAGUGUGUGAUGGAGAAAAUGUUGGGUGAUCUUGUGAAGCCCUUGCUGGCCCUUCUCCCUGGCUCCCUGGGCCCAGAGCCUGAGCUGUGGGUGCAGAAGGUGAGUGACUCUGCACUUCUACUCUCCUACACCUGGGUGGAGGUGGACUCCAUGCUCAGUUUGAACUGUGGCCAGUAUCACUCUGUGACUGAGGACCUGACCGAAAAUGCUCUGACAGUCUUAAACCUCCCUCCAUUGCUCCCAGGUUUGGAAGCACGGUAUUGGAAGAAGGUCAAGAACUUUGUAGCUCAGUCUAAUUCUUUCAGUCAGUAUUGUUUAAAACAGCUCUACCUGCAGAAAAUGAAAAGGACUUUACUACAAGCUAGUCCCCUAUCUGAAGAAGUCCUUCAUACUUUGCGAUAUGAUGCUGCCUACAUCCUUGGUUCCGCCACAGAGAGCUUGAGUCAGGACACAGUGGCUUCCUGGGAUGGGCAAGUGGGGACAGUGUGUACAUCCACAUACCCUGUGGCUUACUGGCACUUGAUUGUAUCCAACCUCCCGAUUUUAAUACCGUACGUAUGUCUGGAAGAUGUAAGGUAUAUGGCUAGUAUCCUGUUAAGAACUUUAUCAGUGAGCAAAGCCCAGGAAAACUCAGCAGAUGAAGAACCAUAUAUCACACUUCAGAAGAUUUCCACAGCCCUUCUUCAUAGCCCACUCUUUCCAGAGAUGCAGUCCCUCCAUUCUGCCUUCCUGGUAUGUUUAGUUGCAAGAUGUUCUAGCAUUCUGUGCUCUGGUGACCAGGGUCUUCUCAGUCAACAGUUGCCAUGGCUCUUUGAAAAGGACAAUACAGUUAUGGUUCACUGGGAAACUAGAUUUGCGAAAGUUGUACCUGAAGGUGUAGAACCAAGAGGAGAAAUUGCCCAGAGCUUACUCUCCCUGGUCAACAGUGACCUCCUUAUCCAUUUGGAGCAAGAGCAGCUAGAAAGCCUCCUGAGCCUUUUACAAAUCAUUUCUGCUUUAUACCUGGACAGCCUCUCAGCACCAUACCACGUGCAUUAUUUUCUCUUGUUGUUGUCUAUGGCUGUUACAACAGUGGGGUGUUCCUGCCCCUCCUUGGACCUCCAGUUUUUGGUGACAUGCUACCAGCUUCUUGGCCGUCUACAGAGGGGAAGGAGUGCCUGCUCUGUGUUCAGGGUCCUGUACGUUAGUGAUGUAUUUGAGAUUGUGAUGACAUCCCUGUUACAAGCCAGUGGCAGACUCUUUGUCGACGUAGAUGAUCCCGUGUGGCUGCAUCUCCUCCAGGCGGUGGGGGCAUUUUUGGAGCAGCUGAUGCAGAUGCUCAUCCAGCUAAAGCUGAGUGUGGUGCUCAAUUUUGGGAAAAUCACUGCCUUCCUCUCAAGGUGCAAAUUAUACACUGAGGCAGCUUCCACUAAACAGUUGGAAAACCAGAUUCCUCUGGGCAACCAGCUGCUUCUGGUGUCCCUAACCAAACUGUGCCAAGUUCUGGGGCAUUUUGUCAGAGAGCGGAGACAGCCACAGGAGGCACCAGCAGCACUGCCUGAGCUGCUGCAGCAGGCUUUGCUGCAGAUGGGCGCUGCACUGCAGCUGUGUUUCACAUCAGGGGCUGGAGGCUGCUGCCUGCCCUCCCCUGCCCUCUCAGCCAUUACCACACUCUUGGAAGUAGACCUCAGUCGGCACUGCUGGGAUAGAAUGGCUGAGACAGACAGAAUACUGCGCUCCCAUGUGGCCCUCUACCAGGAUGUCUAUACCCAGCUGCUGUCUGAGUUGCCAGCCCUUGCAGGGAAUGCUCAAUCUUUCCAGACUGCUUUGCGGUUUCUAACUUUGUUUUUUUCAGCCCCAGAGCUCCAUCCCAAGAAGGGCUCUGUGUUCACCUCCAUGUUUCACUCUGUGAGAAGAGUUAUUGCAGAUUCUGAAGUUCCUGCUCAGAUCUCUGAGGAUUUGGAGCUUCACUUGGGAGCCCUCUUUGCCCAGAUGCUGGAGGCUGGGACAACAGAGGACUUGGCCCUGGUGAUGCAGUCUGUGCUGCAGGGACUGGAUGUUGGCUGUGCGUGGAGGGCAGACCCACAGGCUGUUUUAUCUGCCAUUAAGUUGCUCAAGUUGCUACUGAGCUGCCCGCUCAGUGGAGAGAAAGCAAGUUUGUUGUGGCGUGCCUGCCCACAGAUUGUCACGGCUCUGACGCUGCAGAACCGGGAGGCUUGUGAGGAUCAGCCUGUGGCACUUGCACGGGUCAUACCUAUUCUUGAUGUCCUGGCUGCCCUGCUGCGGCAGGGGGAGGACUCCAUCAGCAACCCGCACCAUGUUAGCCUGGCUUUCAGCAUCCUGCUGACUGUCCCCCUGGACCACCUGAGACCACCAGAGUAUGGGAGUGUCUUCUUGAGGAUGCACAACUUGCUCUUCUCUGUGCUGCAGUGCCAUCCCAAGGUAAUGCUGAAAGCUAUCCCAUCUUUCGUGAACUGUUUCAAUAGACUGGUAUUUUCAGUGAUGCAUGGAGGGCGGCAGAAAGACAAAGGGAGCAUGGAUGACUUGCCAGUGGUCCUCGACUGCGCACGCCUGGUGGAGAGGAUGUACAGCCACAUUGCCACCCGAGCUGAGGAGUUCGCUGUGUUUUCUCCCUUUAUGGUGGCCCAGUAUGUGACAGAGGCACAGAAGGUGACCUUGUACCCAGCUGUGAAAGACUUGCUGCAGGAGGGUGUUUAUCUCAUCCUGGACCUGUGCACAGAGUCUGACAUCCAGUUCCUACGGGCCUCACUGCAGCCCGGAGCUAGAGAUGUCUUUAAGGAGCUGCACAGCAACUACCUCAAGUAUCACAAGGCUAAGCAGGAAGGAGAGAGAAGAUAUACUGCCUAGCUGGGCUGUAGGAGCAUUGCCAGUGAGGAGCUGCACAGUCUACCCAACAUACCACAAGGCUGAGCAAGAUGAGAGGGAAGACACUGCCUCGCCAGCCUGUAGAAACAUUGCAGGGCCUCUUUGCUUAGCGUUGCAGUCUGAGAGCCUUGGGGGGAGAAGAUGUAAUAUGCUGUGAGGCACAGAGCUGACUUGCGGAAAACCCUUUGGGGCUUAUAUAUUUUUAUAGCUUGUUUUCUAAUGUAUCUUUUUUAUAAUCACUUUUUUAUGGUGCUAGGGAUUGAGCCAAGGACCUUGUGCCUACUAAGCAUAUGCUUUAGCACUUGAGCUACACGCCUAGCCCUGGUAUAUCUUUUUUUUUGUAAUUAUGUAUUAGAAUUCUGAAACUGGGGCCUGGAAGGAGACCUACUGGCUCUUGUAACCUUGCCCUGUGGAACUCUUGGCCUGGAUCAGGGGGUUGGUGUCCCCCUCUCCUGGCCAUGAAUGAUGUAGCGCUUGGCAUUUUGUUUUCAGUCUACAGUUAAAAUCUAUUUAAAUACCUCUGACCUUUAAAUUCUCAACAUGGGAGGCCUUCUCAAGAUGCCGCUUUUUUCCUUUACUCUGAGAUCCUUUCAUGGCACUGGGACAGCGUGCUGGCUGCAGAUCAGCCUGAUCCUCUGGGCUGGUGGACACUCCUCGCAGUGGUGCUUGUGCUCCUGCCUGCUCUUCCUGCUUCAGUCUGUGAAGCUUAUUUUGGAGUUUUUUCUCUUUGAUUUAAGAGAUUUUAAUUAUUCUUAUUACCUAGACAAUGUAUUUUUAUCAUAGCAACCUGAGAAAAUUAAGAGGGAAAAUUUCAAAAACUACUCAUGUUGCCCCCUUUUCAGACAACCUUUGCUGUCACUUGGAGUGUCUUGUUUUGGAUGAUUUGCUGUGCAGGCAUGUUGAUGUACGUUAGUGUGUGCACAUGUAAUGAGCUGAAUUGAUGGAGAUAAUUUUUAAAGUUAUCUUACAUUUUCCUGUGUAAUACGGCACAUCAGUAAUAACUUUGGGUCAAUAAAUGUACUUAGUGUAUAUUUUUAAUGUUGUGCAGUAGUCCUCUGAGUACCAUAGCUGUUUGAUUUACUGAGUACGUCAUGGUUAGAGAUUGGGAUCUUCCCCAAUUCCUUUUUGUAUCUGGUGUCUGUAGCUAAAUUGUUUCCCUAAAAUUAAUUCCUAUGAAUUACAGUUUGUCAGAAAACUGAAUCUGUUUUAAUAACUUAAUAUAAAUACAGCCAAUUGCUCUCUAGAAAGUGCACUAAUUUAUUUUCCGACUGAUGAAUCUACUUCAACAUUAUUGAUUUUUGUUUCCUUGAUAGAAGAGAGAUGCCAUUUUGUUCUGAAUUUCUUUAAUUUUGCUAAGUGAUUAUGCAUUUUUACACUCACCAUUUUAUUAUGUAAAUUACAUAAUU